AUGAUGUCAUCAUCAGGAACUAUUGUUUCACCAAAAAAAGAAGAUCUUAUAAAACGAUGGCAACGUCAAUUGAUCGGUCGUCCACAUAUAGAUUUCCAAGAAUUUAUGCAUCUUCUUCGACAACAACUAUUGUUGGAGACGAUUUUUUGCUUGUUCGAUCGUGAUUCAAGCGGUUUACUCUCUGAAUCUGAAUGGAUUGGAUCUGUAUAUAAAGUGGCCGAGAUAUCCAAUCGCACAAAAGAUGUUCGAACACUCGAACCAUUCAUACGUGCUUUUCGACAUUUUUCACAUGGAUCUGAUUCACUUUCUAUAGAUGUUUUUUAUAUAUUAUUCGAAGAUCUAUCGUUUCGACGAAAUUUUGCUUUAUUGUUUAUUGGUGAAUCAAAUUUAUUGAAUAUUAUGGAAUUUACUGAUUUACUUCGAUCUGUUUCAAAUCUUAAAUCAGAUACGAAAUGGCUUUCAUGGCUUGCUUAUCAAUUUCAUUUAGCAGUUGGUAAACGUCGUGGAAUGACAAAUCAUGGUACUCAAUCGGAUGAUAGUAUGGAUUUGGAAAAAUUUAAAAAUAGUUUUUAUUUCAAAGUACCUGAAUUAGCCGAUUGUUUAUUUAAUUAUCUUGAUACAGAUAAAACUGGUCGAUUAACAUUAGAUAAAUUUAUUCGAAAUUUGGAAUUUAUUGUUGAAGCAAAUGAUAAUGAAAAAGUUGAAUUUCUUUUUAAAAUCUUUGAUCGUGAUGGUGAUGGAACAAUAGAUUUUGAUGAAAUGAAAUUAUUACUUCGUUGUUUUUUGGAAGAAUCUCCUUCGCUUGAUAUGGAAGAAACAUUAGCUGAAUUAACUGCUACUUUAUUUCAAGAAACUGAUAUUGAUCAAUCAGGUGAUAUUAAUUUCGAUGAAUUAUCAAAUGCAUUGAAACGAAAUGAACAUUUAUUUAAAGUACUUUCACUUAGUACAAGCAGUUGGAUUCGACCUAAACCUGUGUCAAUAAGUAAAUAUCAUAAGCGUUCAUCAACAGUUCGUGCUUGGAUACGAAAUAAUAUCGGUUUAAUCUUCUUUUGGUCAUUAUAUUCAUUUAUAUGUACUUGUAUUUGUGUUGAUGUUAUUCAUCUUUAUGUUGGUCAACAACGUGUUCAUUUUCUUAUUGUAAUAGCUCGAUUGAAUGGUAAUCAAAAUUUUUAUUUCGAAAACAAAAAAAACAAAAAAAUUUUAUUUUCAGGUGGUAUGCUUAAUUUUAAUUGUGCUUUAAUGCUGAUAUUAAUGCUUCGUAAACAUAUAACAUGGUUAAGAUCAAAAGGUGGUGGUAUUCUUCUUCCACUUGAUCAUCAUAUUGAUAUACAUAAAACCAUUGGAAUUAUUAUUAUGAUUGAAACAGCAUUACACACAGCAGCACAUUUAGCUUAUUUAGGUUAUGUAUUUUAUAUUUGUUCAUUAUCUGAAGAUAUUGGCUCUUCAUGUAAUAAUAAUAGUACGAAUAUCCAUCAAUCUAAUUUAUAUAAUCAAUCAUUAAAUAAUGAAAUGAUAGUAACGAAGCGUUAUCGAUUUGAUUCUUUAGUAAAUAAAUGUGUUCCAUUUGGAUAUCUUGGAUGUGGUGGAAAUUGGAAUCAUUUUCACGCAGAAAAUUUAUGUGUACUUCGUUGUAAACCAUAUCGUGAUACAUAUCAUCGUUAUGUUGAUGCAAUAUUUACAGCUAAAUUAGGACUUGGUUAUAUAACAGGUGUACUUGAAUUCCUUUUAGGUGCACUUAUUUAUAUAAUGUGUUUACCAUUUGUACGGAAAAGUGGCCAUUUCCAAUUAUUUUAUUGGUGUCAUAUGUUAACACUACCAUGGUUAAUUAUUAUGCUUGUACAUGGACCAAGAUUUUGGAAAUGGUUAUUAAUCCCUGGAAUUUUAUAUAUUAUUGAAAAAAUCUUACGUUAUCGUAAAUCUCGUUCAAAUAAACAUGGUGAAACAUUUAUAAUGGAAGCUAUUCUAUUACCAUCUCAAGUUAUUCAUUUAGUUAUCAAUAAACCAAGAAAAUUUACUUAUAAACCUGGAGAUUAUAUCUAUAUAAAUAUUCCAGCUGUAGCUAGUUUUGAAUGGCAUCCAUUUAGUAUCAGUAGUGCUCCAGAACACAAAGAUAGUAUUUGGCUUCAUGUACGUGCAAGUGGUCAUUGGACACGCCGUGUUUAUGAUUUAUUUCGAAUGAAAUUAAAACAAGAACACGGAGGUGUAUUAAAUGAUUUUAAUGAUCUACGUCUUCGUUCAUCAAUGCGAUCACGCAUGUCAAAAAGUUAUAUUGAUGAAUUACGAGGUGUUAAUCAACAAGAAGAUCAUUUACAAUUUGAUCUUAAUAAUAAUAAUGAUGAUUGUAUACAAUCAAAAGCAGUUUCAGUAUCAUUUCCAUUAGUGAAUAAAAAUCAAAGGAGAUCUAUUUGUUCAUCAUGUCAUUCAACAUUAAGUUUACAUGAUAUACAAUUAAAUUCAAAAGGUAGAAUAAAUCAGAUGCAUACAGAAGAAAAUCAUACGAAUGCAACAAUUUUAAUAAAUCCAAGUACACUUGAUAAUUUAACUGUUGAAGAAAUUGAAAAAUAUGCGUAUGAACAAGAUGAUGUAUUAAUGGAUGAACAACAAAUAAAGCCAAUGACAAGACUUAAACCAGCUAUUAAAAAUAAUAAUAAUAAUAAUCCUAAUCGUUUAACUGUUCCAAGUAUUGGGGAUUAUUGUAUAAGAAUAUCAAAUAUAUCAACAGAUAAUUAUGAACAAAAACAUAUAGAAUUUAGUGAAACACGUUUUUCUGAUGCACUUGGAUAUUUACGUAUGUAUAAAAAUCAUAAUCGAAUACAAUUUAAUACACUUCAAUUCAAUGAUCGAGAAGAUUUACAAGUUUUAAUUGAUGGACCAUAUGGUGCACCAUCUCAACAUAUAUUUGAAGCUGAACAUGCAGUUUUAAUAGCGGCUGGUAUAGGUAUCACACCAUUUGCAUCAAUUUUACAAAGUAUUAUGUGUCGAUAUCGAAAUCGUCGACAUAAAUGUCCACAUUGUGAAUUUAUUUGGAAUAAUCCUGAAAGUGAAGAACUUCGUAUUAAAAAAGUUGAUUUUAUAUGGGUAACACGCGAACAACGUUCACUUGAAUGGUUUAUUAGUUUAUUAGCACAAAUGGAAAUCGAACAACAACGUUUAAGACAAAAUUCUGAUAAAGGUCCUUUACUUGAAGUUCAUUUAUAUGUUACAAGUGCUCAAUCACCUAUAGAUUUAAAAGCAUUAAAUGUUUAUUUAUCACUUGAUUUAAUUGGAAGAGAAAAUUCAUCUAAUUGUGAUGCAAUUGAUGGACUUAGACAAAGAAUUAAACAUGGUCGACCAAAAUGGGAACAAGUAUUUACUGAUUUAUUAAGUCAAAAGAAAGGUAAAAUAUCUGUAUUUUAUUGUGGUCCACCAGCAUUAUCAGCUGAAUUAACAACAAAAUGUCGUAAAUAUGGAUUUGCUUAUAAAAAAGAAUUAUUUUAA